AGUGUUCUCAGGUAUGGAGGAGGACAGGUUGCAGGAGGUAGGGGAGACGUGUGUUCCUCUUACACAAGCGCUCCUGCGUUGCGUCGUCUGGGAAAACUGACGUGGAUCGGAGCCGAGCGAUCAGAGCGACAGCUGCGUGUAUGUCUGUGUGUGGGUGUGUGUGCGUGGCCGUGUGUGAGUGUGACAGCAACAGAGUUGCGGCGGGGCAGAUCAGAAAAGUCCCCGUGGCUUCCUCGGUCCGCCACGAGACUGGCGACACGCUGUGAACCCGGUCUGCUGGGUGACCCGAGGACCCCACACUUUAAUCGGGCUGCGCUGGCGGAAACGGUGGAGCUGAAAUUACAUUCAUUGACUUCAGAGCGAUGAACUGGCAGUAUGGCCAAGUGGUUCAAGGAGCACCUAGGAUUCAAAACCGCCAAAGCGCCGGCGCCACCAAAACCGGACUACAGACACUGUCACACCGGUGUACCCGGGUUCCAGCAAACGGACUCUGGGGCCACUUUUCCGAGUGCCGCUCAGCCAGACAUCCUCGCUGCGUACAAACUACAAAAGGAGUUGGACUUCGAAGACCCGUACACUCCCGGUGGAAAUAUUUCUUUCGGUUCAAGCUUGAACACUGUUCUCCCGUCGGAUAACAAGUAUGUGUCGCCGAAGCACCGACUUAUCAAGGUGGAAACAAUCGAAAAGAGCAGCCCGGCUCCGGGCGGCGGUGUCACCGUCAGCCAGGCUGUAGCUGUGGGGAGCGUUAAGUCUCCUACUUCUUCGCCUCCCUUGGAACAAGACAACAAGGAAAAGCUGAUUAUCCUCGAAGACUACGCCGACCCUUUCGAUGCAGAGCAGGCUGGUGGUGCUCAGACCACAACUGAAAAAGUCACAACUGAAAAUGACGGUUACAUGGAGCCAUAUGAGGCCCAAAAGAUGAUGGCAGAGAUCAGGUCUGGUGGUCGAGGGUCUAAGGAUGGAGUUGUCAGGCAGCUGCCCCUUUACGACACGCCGUAUGAGCCAACAGAAAACGGAGGAGACUCCGACCCCGAGCGCUUGCGUUGCCCCAGAGAGAGCCGACUCCCCCAGGAUGAUGAGCGGCCCCCGGAGGAGUACGACCAGCCCUGGGAGUGGAAGAAGGAGAGGAUUUCCAAAGCCUUUGCAGUAGAGAUUAAAGUGAUCAAGGACCUACCGUGGCCCCCUCCUGUUGGCCAACUGAACACCAGCCCUCCCCCGGCGGAGGAGCUCGAGUCUCCUUCCCAGACAGCUCAGCCGUCACCCGGACCAACGAGCUGUGACCAGCACCACCAUGUUCAGUUUGAUGGGGUGGAAAAGUCCCGAAUUUCACCCACCAAGGAUGGGAAAACGCGCCCACUACAGCGACAUUCCAGUGGCUGUUUGGUCAACACCAAAAUGACUUCAAUGGACCUCAGCAGCUCCUCUCUCGGGGAACGUAUUGAUGCAACGAUGCCUCUGGAAAGCCAGUUCUGGUACCAUGGCGCCAUCAGCCGAACAGACGCUGAGUCUCUGCUCAGGAUGUGCAAGGAGGCCAGCUACCUGGUGAGAAACAGCGAGACCAGCAAGAAUGACUACUCCCUCUCUCUUAAGAGCAGCCAGGGCUUCAUGCACAUGAAGCUUUCACGGACCAAGGAGAACAAGUAUGUCCUGGGCCAGAACAGUGGCCCCUUUGACAGCGUGCCUGAGAUCAUACAUUUCUAUUCAAGCCGCAAGCUGCCCAUCAAGGGGGCCGAACACAUGUCCCUGCUGUACCCUGUAGGCAUCAGGACACUAUAGUGCUGUGAGGAACGUGGCAGGUGUCACUGGACUCAUUGAGCCCAUCCUCAUGGCUCUGCACUUCCCGUCCUUCUGGGCGGAAAUCACGGGAACAUGAACAAUGGCAUUCGAAACUGCUGAUGUUGACUCACCUCGCUGGCUGAUAGAUUCCUAAGUGGUUUCAAAGGCCACUAUACUAUCUCAUAUAAACAGACUCAAUAUCCCUGAUGAUUUUAUUACUUUAUUGUGUUUUAUUUAUGCAGACUUCCACUUCUCACAUUGGAGACUGAUUGUCUGAUGAGCGUCAUUUCAGUUAUUGUUGAGCUGAGAGCUCAUAGCACUUAACACUCAAAGAAAAAGAGAGGUACAGCAUAUCUUUGGUCACUGGGCUCAGUCUUUUAUCUUAAACUCUUCUACCUGUUUCAGCUGUAUGAGCAUCUCAUUUGGAUAGGCACUGUUGUUGCUUUAGUUGUAUUUUAAAGGGAACUUGAAGAUAAAACAAGAGAGGCAACAUUUAUGAUGCAUGCUAUGAUGCGCUAUAUUGUCCAUGUGGGCCUCGUGCAGCAGCCGAGAUACUGAAAUAAACUGACCGCGUAUGUAUCCCCAGCUGCAGGUAAAAAACAGGCCUGUGAGCUGAGCAGACUGAUCUCUCUAUGUUGUCAUAGUGGAUAUUGUCUGCUAUCCAUCACUAAGUGGGUGUAUCAUGCCAGUGACAGUGUAAGAAUCACAAUAGUGAGAUGGGCAGGAAAAGCAUGAUGGAUGGGUUAACCAAUCUGACACAGUAAAAUUGGCCGAGGCCGGAGACCAGAGCCUGUCCAAAUGGACCAAAUUAUCCCCACUACCCCUGCGUGGAAUAGCUUUGCAUGGGAGAGAAUGAAAUAUGCCUGCAUUGUCUACCUCAGAAAAUCAAUUUCAUUCCCUCAGCAGCAGAUCGAUAGGUACAAUGGGAUUGUAGAAAUCAAUCUGCUCUCCCCGAGACAUUCCCAAUCACCUUAAAACUGUGUCAUUGGUUUUAGGAAUAUAUUUUUUCUUUGUUUAUAAAAUGAUCAUAAUAAUGAAAACAAGCCUUUUUUGUUUCAGAUCAGGAACUGUAUGUAUAGUCACUGUUAUUAAUACUAUGUGAUGUCAGUAAAAAAUGUUUGCUUAAUGCCUUAUAAUGCAUGGGGUCAAAACAGUCCGCUUAGAUAAUCUUAUUUCCAAUUUUGCUUUCAGCGAUUGUUCUGUCACUGUUAUUUAUUCUGGGUAAUUAUUAGCGCCGUUUUUCCGCCUCGGCCCGCUCGCUCUCCCUGUUCUGUGCUUAUAGGAUCUAUGAAUUGUUAGGGAUCUUGCAUUUUUUGUUGUCUCCUGUUCUGCUAAGUGCACGCCUGCCCAUGAGACACAAGUCCAACAAGGUUCUUAAGCACCCCUCUACCCAUUUGUCCAAACUUGCAUCCUCCCACCCACCCAGCCGAAUCACAGUGCUGCCUGUUCGAACCAGAAAAACACCUACCUUAAACCUAUCAUGCUUUCAGUUUGCAUUAAAACCCCCAGAUGUCCAACACUAUGCUCACCUGUACAUUGUUUGAAUGCAUAAGAGAAUGUGUACACGGACAGUUUAACCCUUCUUACCUGCUUACUGCUUGUGCUCAAACAUCUUUCGAUACUAACUUGAAUUCUGAAAAAGAAAAACAAGUUAAAGGUGUUUUUUAAUUUUUUUUGCUACGUUUUUUAGCACCUCAAAGCAGCACUGUUUCAUGGUCCUGUCCUGCUAUUUUCUCCCAAGCUCAAAAUUUCUUAUGAUAAAUAAAUCAAGUGGAUUUGCUCAAAGCGUACCAUCAUAAAUGCAGUUCAAUACAACUGCCUAACGCAUGUCUUAUAACUUACAAAAUAUGUGCUUUAAUAAGCAAAUAACAGCAAAAUGUUUUAGGCUGGAAAUGACCCAAGAGAUCCGAAACACAAUUUUUAAAGAGGAAUACAUUUUUGCUUUCACUACAACUCCCGCUGUGUGCUAUGCAACUGUAAACUGCAGUCAUUUAAAAUGAAACUGGAUGGAGUUUGUGCCUCAGUGAAAAGCUUUUGAUGGUACAAUAGGUCCGGCAGGAGGAGAAGGAGACAUAAUCAGGAGAGUGACGUGGUUUUAGGUGCAGGAAGUGAGCAGACAGACGGUGUUGGCAGCAGAACAGUGCAUUCUGAGAGUCUCUUUGUGCUUUAAUGAGGAAUAGUAAGUUGUCAUUGUGGACCUGUGUUUUCUUGAGAGAAGAUAUCUGAAGAUAGAAGGCAAAUUUUGAAAUAAACUAUGUAUUGUGUCCUUUUUGUCACAAAUUUCAGGGGUUUAGCAGAUCUGAUAAUGACAGGAGUGGCUCUUUACUUAGUUCCUGCUGCUGAUGAGUACUACUCUACUAAAGGAAAGAGCCCAUGUAUGAUGGCAGCACUGCCUGCUGAGAGGCCUUAGUUUUGGGGAAAAGGAAAUUGGAGGCAUGUAGGGGAUGAGUACAAGACAGUGAAAAAAAAAGUGUUGUGACGAGAGGGAGGAAUUUCCUGCAGUCAGCAGAGACAUUCUUCACUUUCUUAGAUUUCUAUUAUGGAACCCUAAAAAAACCCCUCUCUCCAUCAGAAGUGUCUUAAAGGUUGUGUGUGUGGUAAAAAGCUGUUGUGCAUGCAUAAACUUGUUAACUGGGUGUGUGUGUGUGUGUGUGUGUGUGUGUGUGUGUGUGUGUGCGCACACAUCAGCCAUCAUCAACUUGCCCUGGGUUAUCUCGCAUUAUUGCUUUAUUGUGGUAAAGUGGCAUGUCUGAGUUUUCCUUGUGUACAUUUUUGUGCCACAUAUGUAUGCACUAGUGUAACGCAUCUCUGUAAAGUCCCCCAUGGCCAAAUGUAUAUACUGAAUGUAUUAAAUGGGGACAUAGAGGCAUCAUGGUGCAAAAUAAAUAAAGUUGGGUUUAUGAGUUUAA